GCCACACCUGCGGUCACACUUUCACCAAGCAAGCCGGUGGUUGCGCGCGACUUCGUCCCGCUUAAAUAUAUUCAAUAGUCGAGUUAUUGAUUUGAAAAAGUGCUGCUGAUCAAACAUGGUGAAUAAUUCUCUAUGGUUGAAACAACUUUGCUACCCCAAACGUCAGUUUACCAACUCGACACUUCUUAACUCCUUUUCAACAUAACAAGAAACUUAUUAUAAUUAAUUAAUAACAACAACCAACACAAACAACACUAUAUCCACAACAUCAACAACUAUCGUUUAAUCUCAAAACGUAAACACAACAAUUGCUUAAGGAGUCAUCCAGGAGUUAAACGAAUACAAGUGGUAUUAAUGUGUGAAUACCUGUGAAUACUUCCCAACAUUGAGCAUCGAAUUCCGUCGACAGCAGGAAUUUGUCAGCCAAGGAGAAGGAUAAUUGGAAUAUUGUUCGUUUCUUUUCGUUGUUUUGUCCAGGGUUAUUUGUAGGAUUUGAUUUAUUUAUUGCUUAAUUUAAGGCAUAGCUGAUCCUCAGCUUUGAAGAGAGGCUCCAAACCGAAGGGUUUUAUCAGAAAGGUAACAUUUCAGGGUAAUUAGUCACCUAAGUAUCGCACUUUCGCAGUUCCAAGCGGCGAGUUGUUCCCCAAUUUUCAUUAUGAAAAUAACGACAAUGAAGUUUAAGCGCAAAUAUGGCUGUUUAGAGAAUAUUUGAAAAGAAUUUCUCACUUAUUAACCAAUUUGGAUUUUUGUUUCGACCCUCAUUUGUUACGUAGUCUUGUAUUUUAUAAGUUCUCAAAGAUUGUUUUGCACAAUUCAAGUCAUCCACCCAGUUAAAUUCGCACCGCAUCAUACAGUUUUUGAGUUCAUUUUUCGAGGAGCGAGAAGAGUAAUCAGUAUUUAGUCAGAGUUGAGAGAGUUUAGUGGUUUGCACCGAAGAGUUUUGAAUUACAUUUAACACCGAACCACAUUGUCGGCAACAUGGAGAGUUUUUCGCCGGAAUUACUAUGGAUGGUAGUCCUCGGAUUCCUGAUCGCCUUUAUCCUGGCCUUUGGCAUAGGCGCCAACGACGUGGCCAAUUCUUUUGGCACCAGUGUGGGCUCUGGAGUUCUCACCAUCCGGCAGGCAUGCAUUUUGGCCACCAUCUGCGAAAUAUCGGGAGCCGUUUUGAUUGGAUACAAGGUGUCGGACACCAUGCGCAAGGGGAUCCUGGAAGUGGGACUGUACGAGGGCUCCGAGGACGUGCUGAUGCUGGGCUGCGUGUCUGCUUUGGCCAGUAGUGCCGUGUGGCUGCUCGUGGCCACCUUUUUGAAGCUACCCAUCUCGGGAACGCACAGCAUUGUGGGCUCCACCAUUGGAUUCUCGUUGGUGGCACGCGGCGCCCAGGGCCUGAAAUGGACCACCCUGGGCACCAUUGUGGGAUCCUGGUUCAUCUCGCCGGUGCUUAGCGGAGUUGUGAGCAUCCUCCUAUUUCUGGCCAUUCGCCGCUUUAUCCUACGCGCCCAGGAGCCGCUCAAGGCGGGAUUCCGUUCGCUGCCAAUUUUCUACGGCGUGACGUUCUUCAUCAAUGUGAUCAGCGUGGUGCUGGAUGGACCCAAGCUGCUCUACAUGGACAACAUCCCCACUUGGAUAGCCCUGAGCGCCAGUUUUGGUCUGUCGCUGCUGGUGGCCCUACUCACGCAGCUGGUGGUGGUGCCUCUGCAGCGCCGGAAGAUUGCCAAACGAUUGCGGGCCGAGAAUCCUGUCAAGUUUAACUUCGAGGACUCUGUGGAAUCCUCGCCGUCGGGUAGUCCUAAGAAGCAGCGCCGCCCUUUGUCGCUGGUCAGCGAAGGAAAGCCAUUGCCCGCUAUCGCGGAGAUCACCGAGCUGGUCUCCCUGAGCGACAACUCGCCCAGGACUUUUAAGUUGGCCCCCUUUGGACUGGCGGCCAAGAACAACAACGCACCCGGCGAGGAGUACAAGAUCGAUCCGCAGCUGAUCAAGAAGGCCGAGGACCUGCUGGGCAAGGCUAGCCUGGACAACACCGAUCUGACCAUCACCAGCCUUAAUUUUAUCGACGAGCAGCAGCAGCAACAACAACAGCAGCAGCAAAAUGGACGCAAGUUGCAGGAGUGCUUCAAACGGAUGCAGUCGCCCAAGGAGGAGCAAAAGCACAAGACUACUGCUAUCGGAACAGAUGCGGGAGCCGGAGCUACCAAGGCAACCAAUAACAACCUCCAAGUGGUAGAGAGCGGCGGCAGUCUCGACUUGAUGAUCAGUUCCACACUGUCGCCCAAUUCCAGCAAGGUGCCGUUGAUCGAGAGCAAGGAGGAGUUAAACGAGCAGGAGGACGAGCUAAAGCGGUCGGCGGCGGGCGGUCGAAGAACCAGCGGCGCCGAGGAGACUCAGGAAAUCUCCAUGCUCUUCUCGUUCCUGCAGAUCCUGACAGCCACCUUCGGGAGUUUCGCGCACGGCGGCAAUGAUGUGAGCAACGCCAUCGGCCCACUGAUCGCCCUUUACAUGAUCUAUCGCGAGGGAUCGGUUAUGCAGCAGGCGGAAAGUCCCAUCUAUAUUCUGAUCUACGGCGGGGUCGGCAUCUCCGUGGGUCUCUGGCUGUGGGGACGGCGUGUCAUCGAGACCAUUGGCAAUGACCUCACCAAAAUCACCUCAUCGACUGGCUUUACCAUUGAAGUCGGAGCCGCCAUCACCGUACUGCUGGCCAGCAAAAUUGGCUUGCCCAUUUCGACUACUCACUGCAAGGUGGGAUCUGUGGUUUUCGUGGGACAUGUCAGUGCAGCGGGUCGCAAGGGAAGUCAGACAAAGGAUCAGGAUCAGGCGGGUAUCAAUAAGGAUGGCCAGAACAAUGAUGCACCCACGGAAGAUGGCAGUGUCGAUUGGCAUCUGUUCAGGAACAUUGCCUACGCCUGGAUUGUGACUGUGCCGGUUACGGCUGUCCUCAGCGCCGGAAUGAUGUACGUGCUAUGCGCCAUUGCCGUGGACGAUAUGGGCGGGGCCUAGAAAUGGGCUACACAGAAUGCCAUUCAAUUAUUAAUUGUAAUUGCAAAACCAAAAUAAUGUUUCGUAAUUGUACAAGUUGGAAAACACAAAACUUAAUAUUAAACACGCAAAUGGUAACUCAAGAAAAAGUGAGAAAAUCUUAACUAAAUUACUCGCCUAACUAAAGCAUUGUAUUUUAGCUCAUAGAACGUCUCUGAGUCUAACUGAUAUUAAUAUUAUUUAAUAUGUGUACGCCAAGCAUGUCGUGAUUUGAUUUUAUAUUUAUACACCUUAAUUUAUGUUUAUAUCCGAAUUGCACUUUUUUUUAAUUCUUUUGUAGACUAAAUCCGAACCCUCUUAAAAUAUUUUACACCACUCAAUAGAGCAGAGCAAAACACUUGAAUAAAAUACAAACUAUGUACAACAGAAAAUGUUUAUAAGAUAUGGUCAAGACCAAUUUAAAUUCGAUGCUUUUUAUUUGCGAUUUUUAAAAUUUGUGUUUUAUUUUUGUUGUAUUUUGAACUAUAACAGUUAAAAUCAAUAUUUAAGAUCCUUUGGACACUGUACAAUUGGAUUGAAAUUUGUUUACAAAUUAUUUUAAAACCUAACUUAUGAGGCUCUCCAGUCCGUUUUAAAUUUACAUUCCAUUGAGAGCCAGUUCGUAUAGUAUUUCACUAUGUAGAUAUACGAAAAAUAAAUACAAAGUUAUGACA